UAAUAAUAUGGCAGAUGAAUAAGCUGAAUUCUUUAAGGAAGUCUUAAAGUUGAUUUCUAACUUGCACUUUGAAAAUAAAAUCACAGAAGAUUAGAAGUCAGAAUUAAAGAAAUUGUUGAUGGACGACGAGGAUUUCGUUAAACAACUAAAGGAGGAAUAUCAAGAUGAAGGUCUCAAGGGAAUAGUAAACAUGAUAAUUGGUGACUCACUUUCAGAUUGUAGUUUCAGAGAUUUACUAGAUUUCAAUUAGGAAAAAAGAAAAAGAUCCUAAUCGUUAACUAUUUUAACAGACUCUUCAGAUUGAGUCGAUUUCUGCUAAUCUUCGCACUGUAUAGGCAUUUGAUAUAUGCAUUAUUUACAUAUAAAUAUAUGGAUGUCAUUCAUA